CUGAAACACAAUCAGCAAGUACAGGCGUGAGCAUUCGAGUGUUAGUUAUUGAUGCGUGACAAUUGAUAGACGUUUUAAAACUUCAGUUAAAUACAUUACUUGGCUAGUGGCAAAAGUCAUUUUUACAGUGAAAAUGUUGAUCGGUAGUUUAACAGCGGUAGUGCUUGGAUAUUUCUAUUUAUCUACAGAGGCGUGCAAUACUGGAGAUAAAGAUGGCACGGGAGUUGAACUUCUUGGUACAUAUUAUGACUGCAAAUACCUGCGCGACUUCUACCCAGAGGAUAAAUACAUUGGUAUAUACGAAAGCCGGAAGUACCACUGUAGAAUGCCGCUCACAGAUUGUUGUGAAACAUGUAAAAGAAUAUUAAGCUGUGAAGAUGCCCCUACCAAUGGAAUAUACCUAGCAGAGAGGUAUUUCAACUGCUCCUUCUUGCUAAAGUAUCACCCGGAGGAUGUACACGUUGGCAUUUACAAAGACAGGAGAUCAAUCUGCAAACAAACCACGACUAAUUGCUGUGCAAGCUGCGAGAAAGUUCGACAAGAGAGUGAGAAAUCGUCGACGACUGUAGGGCUGUCGUCAAUAACAACAACAACAACAACACCUGUUCAGCCGUCAACUGAAAAAACUACGCCAGCACAAUAUAAAGACACAUGUGAGAACAAUUGCCUAUGGAUAGCUGACGGUACUACUGGAAAAUGCAGCUGGCUGUUGGACAAGUCAAGGUCUACGUACAAAAUGAGACAUACGCUGUGUAAUGGAUUAGCUAACGGUUGUAAACGAACCUGCCACAUCAUUUCAGAGGAAUCUAAAAGCACUACACAGGCUGGAUCAACAGUAACAACUGCUGCAAGUGAAGUUUGUGAAGACACGUUUAUGAUGGUGGAAAAGUAUUCCUACGCAUGCAGCGAUCUUCUAAAUUCCAAUUCGAAUAUAUACAACAACAGACAGGCGCUUUGCUCAUCAGACAGAAGCUCAUGUUGCGUCACGUGCGAGCAAGUGAACAACGUAAAGCCUUCCGGUGUCAUAAAGUACACCGACCAAAAUAUGAUCGACAAAGGCGGGAUCGUAAUUGAAACUGUGCCAUUAUUCGCCAACGCAAACGGCUAUCAAAGUGACGCUUCGGGAACUUCAGACGACAUAAAACUUAACACCAACGCUCAAACAAAGCACACCACGCCACAGCCAGGACUUCAGAACAAGUUUCUCUCUUUCUACGAAAUUAUAAAAGCCAGUACCGACAGAAUUAAGAAGGAAGAAGAAAGAAGAAUUGACAUGUUCAGUGCACUGAUUGCUAAUAUAUUUUCAACAUUUCAGAAAGUGAAACAGGCAAAAAAUUGAAAUGUGAGACUUGUUACAUAAGGGAACACAGUAGACAAACGUUUUCUGAAGUGACUUACCAGUCUAUGAGUUUCGGCAGGCAUGACCUUCGAUAUUCAAAAACAGUGAAAUUAAAAAUGUUGCCAUUUUUUUAUUAAAUCAUUGAAUUAUGAUAAUGAACUGUCAAUGUAGAUUUGAAGAAUACAAAAAGAAAAUAGCAUACGUUUAUUCAAUGGCUUGUCGGUCGAUAGUCACAAGUAUUUGCCGUCGCUUACGUACGUGUUUGUGUUCGAGAGGGCAAGGUUUCGGAAAUGACUUUUGCAUGAUGAUUUCAAACCAUAAAUGUUGUUGAAAUAGCGGUGCUUUUAGCUUAUUCUGUGCAAAUAAAUGCAGAUAGCCUCUGUUGUUUGUAAAAACAUUUGUUCAUGUUAUAUGCAAUGUUUUAUAUUGCGCCAAAAAUGAAAAUUUUAGUUAUUAAGUAAUAACUUAUGCAGUGUAUAAAUUUCUGCAGUUGUAAUAGUUGACGUUAAAACAAGUCAUGUUGUAACUUGUAAUUGUAAAACUGCAAAUAAAUUUUAUUAAGUAUA